GAGUGUGCUGAAAGUUUUCCAUCGGUGGUCCGAUGAAGAUUUGAGCACCAAGCAGCAGCCGGAUGUCUGUUUCCGAGAUGCUUUUAUCAGCACCGUAGAUGGCAAGCUACAACAGCUGAAGAAAGAUGCACGCCACGGAUGCUACGUGUCGGUUCCGGCACAUCUGCUGUAUCAGCCAUCGAUGGAAUCUCGGCGCCGGUAUGCCGGCAUCCUCUUGUCAGCCUUUGCCGGCAGCAAUGGCUUGAAGGUAUUGCUUGACCAGUGUGCUUUGACAGUAGCAAGGGCACGCCAGCCCGACAUCCUUCACAUGGUAGUCGGCCCAGGUCAGGACGGGAAGACGUUGGUUUUCGUGGAUCACAUGCGUGCAGUCUUUGGAUCGGGUUUUGGAUGUGCGCCCUCCAGCAUGCUGCAAACAGAACGCGAAUUCCAACAACAAGGGUCGAACUUUAUACAGUGUUGCUACUUGGUGUUUGACGAAUGUCGCCGAGAACAGGGCUUGAUAGAAGACUUGGUAAAGGUCUUCGUCGGAGGCGGGUGGUUGCCUUUGCGUCGCAAUCACGAGGCUGAAACAAAGUACGCCCAUUGGGCCUUCGCUGGCAAGGCGUGGUGCCUAAAUGUUGGGGACAUUCCGUACCUUCCCACAUCGCAGGAGAUCUCUCAUGCCCGCAGGUUCCGCUGCACCUUCAUGCGGAGUCACUUCACAAGCAACGUUGCGGAUGUCGACCCGGAUCGGAAGGUUUUCAAAGCCGACCCAAGUGCGAAGGUCUUCAUGGCUUCCGGAGAGGCAGUCUGGUGUUUUUAUCAUGACUUCUUGUUCCCUCACCUGCGGAAGUUCGGUAUCCACGCCUGCAGCAAUGCUUUGGAAUAUGGCACUGGGUCUGCGAGCACGGCAAAGGAUUCUGAAUGGCUCUUGAAGCGCAUGAACCGGAGCACGGACGCCUGUUGUCCGGAAGAUCUCGAGUGCCAGGGCACCUUUGACCAGAAAGAGAAGCAGCGCUCUACAUCUGAGAAGAUCGUUAGAGAAACGCACAAUGUGGUUGAUCAGGCGGAUGUAAACCGGCUGACUGUACCGUCUAAUCCCGGUGCAGUGGUCCCAAAAGGUGGCAAGGCACAGGCAGCCGGCAAAAAGCUUCGCGUGGACUUCCUGAAGGAAUCGAUUCAACUCUUCCCGAACCUUAUCCGGAUCGUGGCCGGUCAAACUCGGCAAGGUGUGUCGUUGGACCGUUUCCAACGUCGGCAGAUCGACGUUGCUGACUGGGAAAGGACGCUGGAGAAGGUAGCGCAGGAGUCACAGGAGGCUUCAGUGUCUCAUGUGUUUGGUGGUUGGGAUGCUUGGCCUUGGCGGCCCGAAAGUGAGCAAUGGCAGGAUCCAGAAGAAGGCCUGCAAACCUUGCCUCAGGGUGAAGCUUGGUCCUUGGUUUGCCACGUCGAUGUUGCAAAGCUUCGGCGUUAUCAAGAUUUGCAGAUCGACAGGCGGCCAGAACAGUUGCAGGCAUUCUUGUCGUCCUUGCCCGAGGAUGCCAGCAGUAGCGCCGCAGGCGUGACUGCAGUGACCAUCGUUGGGCACCAAAAGAUUCUUGAUGACAAGUCCGUCGGAAGAGUUGCAUUUCCAUGGUCAAGCCUGCCACACUUGACUCGCGAAGCGCGGGCGGCGGCUUCGCCAGAGGGAUCUCGUGAGUUCGACAUGCCCAAUGCAGUCGUUUUCUUUGCUUUACAGAUUGGCAAAGAGCUGAAUGUGGAUCUCCCUGCGUUCGCACGUUAUUCGGCGCACAAGGCCUUGUGGAGGAAAGCUGUGAUGCAGUGGCUGGGCAUGUCGAUGCAUGACGCGAAGAAGACGUUGCUGCGUGCGGUGUUCGGGUUCGCUUCCUUGUCCGCUUCUGGGGGGAAGAUGUCUUCAUGUCCUUUGCUGGAUGCUCUGGCUGUAGACGGGAACAAGCUUAAGCAAGCACUUGCAGACAAACAUCCCGGUCUGGUCAAAGCUCUGAAAGCUGCUGGAAAGAAGAGGCCAGAGACGUCCACGAUGGCGUACAUCUUGUUUGACCGGGAGAACACAUACUUGCAAGACUUCGCGAGCUUACUGCCAAAGCACGGGUACCACAUGGUCACUCCUGUGUACGAUGCGGUGGUGGCCGUGCCUGCGCAGGGACAUGACGUCGAUGCCUCACAGGCGGAGCAAGAUUUGCUGGAUGAGUUUGACGUCAAAUGCGGUGUGCGCAUGCAGGCGUCCACCGUGCAGGUUGCUGUCAAAGAUCGCAACAUCGCGCACAUUGUGGAGCAGCUGUUGGCGACUGGGAAAGGCAUGAAGUUGGAGGAUGCGCAGGAAAAGGAGGUGUUGCCGGGCAUGGGCAUGUGCAUCCCGCAAGCACUCAUCAACCUCUUCCCGACGAUGGAAGAAGACUUGAGAACAGCUUUCGAAGGCUCGGCGGGACCAUUCUCAUACCGAGAAAUCAUGGAGCGGUGCGGGAGUGUGAACAUUGAGCCCAUCCACUUCGAGGACAGAGCAGGUGUCGGAGAGGAAUCAAGAUAUCUCCUUCAUGAUGCCGAAGCAAACUGCCUUUCUCAGUGUGGGCAUUGCUACGGUGUGGUUGCAGGCCCAUCCGGCUUGAUCCUGUGGACUUCCCAGCAGAACGACAGCGUGCAGUUGAGUGCAAGACUGUUCUGGGAGCAUGCCCGGCAAAUUACGGGAGUGAAACUGUUCAGGGUUGAAUGCAAUGCUGCGGUUGCCGCCCAGCGCAAGCGAAAGCGCGCACAGCCAAUGCCCAUUGCAGAGCUCGAGCUUCGUGCAGGCAUGGAUCUUGGGGAAGACAUGAUGGCCGUCAUUCGACAUCAAAUGGCAGAAGAGGUCAAGGCAGAAGCCUCGCGCUGGGGGCUGAUUUGUCUAUGUUUGCAAGAUGCGGUAGGCCUAGCCGCCGACAAAGACAACAAAUGCCGCUUGUGUCCUUUCCGAACUUUCCAGCGGAGAUCGCGGACCUUGGAGCAUGUGGAGAAGUACCAUGUUGCUGCACGCCAGGUGCAGAUUGCAUCGUGGUAUCGAUCGGUCCUGUCAGUUGCAAGCAGAGGGACGGUGCGUGUGAUGCGCACGUGGCAAGCCGGUGAUGAAAGUUGUGAUUUGUUGUCGACGGCCGCUGACUUGAUCGCUUCCUGGGUGAGUCCGGAUGCCGACACCCUUGCAUGUUUGAAGAAGCAGAACUCCAUUGAUCUGGUUUUGCUUUUGACCGGCAGCGGCCCUCAGUAUGUUCUCAAAGGGCAAACAGCAGAAGCCAAGCGCCUGAACAAAGCCAUCUACUACCAGAAGGGCUUCGCUGAUCUAGUGCUCGCCAAAGCUUUGCGGCAUCGCGGGAAAAUCCACGCCAUGUUCAACGACAUCACAGCGGAAUGGGUUGCUCGAGGUUGUCAGUGUUCGUGGCUCGGAUGUCGCCGCCGGGACAGUCGCACGGAGCUUGUGCAGGAGGUCAUGGACCUCCCGUAUGUGCAAUCUCUUCGGGGUCGUCUCGUUGAUGCUGCCACAAGCAAACAGGAGUGGAUCGUCUGCAGCCACGAUGCCACCUAUCAAACCCUGUUUUCAAUCAUCGGGCAGCGGCCCAUGCAGCAGCGGGCCGGAGAAGCACAUGCGCUGCACACACUCAUUGGUCGCUCUGGCGCGGUGCCGGGCUUCAGCUUGCAAGCGACGGAAGGCUGCGCAUGCUUCCGGAACGCAGUGGCCGAGAUCCUCCCUUUAGCUGCACGCAGAACCGUGCGUUUCCUAUUCAGUGACUCUCCGGAGUCGGUCGAGGGGGCCACGGACGUUUUGCCAGCUCUGGAGGGGGUUGCGGAAGACCCUCUGCAUUUGGUGCUGCGUGUUGAAGCGUGCACUGGGGAGCGCCGCACGACGUGCUCUGCGGCGUUGUUGCGUGUUCAAAUGAAAUUCCGGUGCCCAGAAGCAGGAGCGUUCUAUCAGGGAGAACGGGUAGCAGAUCAGGAUGCGUGGGACGAUGUAAAGGCACGUGAUUGGGCGUCUAUACAGUCGCCAGAGUAUCUUCAAAGCGCGUACUCCUGCGAUCGACAGUAUCUGGAGGACCUCCGUGCAGUAUGUCAGCAGUUUCCCGAAGAAAUGAAGCGUAAAGACCACAAAGGGAGGACGGUGCUGCAGAUAAUUCAAGCCGGCGGGUCUGGUCGCCACUUCCGUUAUUUGUUGAACGGUUCACAUAUCCUUGCCAAGUUGAAGGACAUCCUGCCUGCAGCCGACAUGCAGUUGCUGAGUUUCGGUACUUGUAGCAACGAAGCCUUGCAUGCCCAGUUGAAGUCGUCCCAAGAGGUCAUCGUUCAGCAGCACCUUGAAGUGGUGCCGUUGCACUUGUCAGCAUUCUCUCUCGGAAAAUUGCUGGCCCACCAUGCCGCUGCCUACUUCCCGACCAUUGCACAGCGGCGAGAGUCAGAGAUCCUGUCAUUGUUGCAGGGUCGAAUUGUUGCUGGGCUCCUGCCAGCACUGAGCCGGGAGGAGGAAAGAGUGCUGAGGACCAGGGAGGAUCUUCGCAAGCCUGUCCAUGAUUUGGAUUCCAGCAAAGUCCAACGGCGGCAGGCUGUUGCAGCGAGGCAGCAGUCAAGUUGGCAGCGUGAACAAGGGAUCCGGAAGGAGAAGCGAAACAGAAGGCAGGUGACCGGCGUGCAUGGGGCAACGACAAAGCGCACCAUUUUCACCAAGAAGAAGCCAGCCGGCAUGAUGUGGGAGAUUUUGUUUGUUGAAAUGUUGGGCUUGCAGGGGGGCAGUGAGGUGGUUGGUUUUUGA